CGUCCCGAUCUUAUCGUAGUAACUGUUGACUCGCAGCUCACUCGAUCCGCGCGAGCGUUCGUAACUUCGUAAGUUUUGAUGCGCUAUGGGCGCAGCUCCCGCUCUCUGAACUCUUUGUGUUUGUAAACCGAGUGCUUGGACAUGGCCACUGCGAUGCUCGCCGACCGUGGAGUGCGCCGUAAGAUGGCCCAGGAGGAGUCCCGCCCCAAGAAGGCGCCCAAACGCAAGACGCCUACGCCCGCGCCUAAAAGCCGCGCUGAGCAGAACAACAACGUCAAAAGGCAGCGCCUCUCCGUGGACAACAAGGACGACAUGCUGGCCACCUACCAGCCCUGGGUCAUCCAGACGUACGGCGAUUUGGCCAAGACAAAGACUAUCACGCUGAAGAAGUACGCGCGGAUCUUGCGCACCCUCCGCGGGGAGGAGAUCGUCAGCGCAGAUAACUCCAAGUUUCGGUUCUGGGUUAAGGCGAAGGGCUUCCACGUUGGCAAGCCGUCGGGGUAUGAGGCCAAACCCGCCGACGCGAUCGUGGGACGAUACAGUGUGUGCGACGCCGACGAGGGGAUUCCCGCAGUUAACGAGAAGUUGGCAGGAUCAGCCAAGGAUCCGCCGCUCUACGUUCCCAAUGCGCCCUUCAAGAACUCUACCGGAGAGCCAAUCUACCGCAAAGUCGCCGUCGUGGAGAACUUCUUCGACAUCAUCUACAAUGUUCACGUGGAACUAGAAGGCCGUCCCGGCAAACAUGCCGGUCAAAAGCGAACCUACCGUACGAUAACGGAGACAUAUGCGUUCCUGCCGCGCGAAGCCGUCACCCGCUUCCUCCUCGGUUGCACCGAGUGUCAGAAACAUCCUCGGUCCCCAUCGCCGGCUUCCGUUCUGCCCACUCCGAGUCCCAGCCCCACGUUGCCCCUAGUCCACACUCCCGCGCCUCCCCUGCCGACGCCGCCCCCGGCACCGCCUGCCGAAGUGUCUCCUUACCGGGUGCCCCCGGCCGCCGAAACUCUUGAUCUCUCUCGCAGUAACGGGGAAGUUCAAAAGGCUGAACCGAGGACUGGAACGCCGGAGCUGAAGCGCUCGAGCAAUCCCUUGGACGUGUGCAACCUCACGGCGAAGGACCCGCCGAAGACGCCACCAAAAAAACGACAUCUGAACGGAAACGAAUCCAAGCAGCCGGCGCCCAAGCUUUGGUCGCCGGUGGAGAGCAUCGAGAGGGAACAACAGGAGUCCAGGAAGCGGAGGGUGCUUAUGGCAGGCGACAUCGAUUAUUCUUUGCCCAUCACCACCACAUAUCUCAAGUAUAUGCGCAGUUUGGGAUGCACGGACGAGGAUGCUCUUAAGUUCGAAAACAAACACGAGAGUCUGUCCACGCCAGAGUCGACGGAAGCAAACGAGGAGGAUCACUUUUCGGGAACCGGGGCUAUGAAAGACAGCGACAAGCUCAAGCUGAUGCUCUUGGCGUGGAACUACCACAAUCAGGCCCAAGGAAACAGAAAUGGGGACAUUCCAGACCUGUCUUCUGUUCCGGGAGGCGAGGAAAUGGCCGGUUUGUGGGCCCAGUACCACUCGGCUCUGGGGCUAGCGAAAGGCAAGGCCACGCCGCCCACAACGCGAGAUCAAUCUAGUCCAGUCAAUGCUGAUGCGGGGUCAGCACAUGACGAAACCAGCUCCAGCGGUAACAAAGAAGACGAAGACGAUGACGAUGAUGAAAGCGAUGACAAGAUCGACACACAAACGCACGACCCUGAACGACUCAAAGCCUUCAAUAUGUUUGUCCGUCUCUUCGUCGACGAAAACUUAGACCGCAUGGUGCCGAUUAGCAAACAACCGAAAGAAAAGAUCCAAGCAAUAAUCGAUUCGUGCACGAGGCAGUUUCCGGAGUUUGCGGAACGAGCCCGAAAACGAAUCCGUACUUACCUCAAGUCUUGUAGAAGAAACAAACGUGCCAGAGACCCGAAUUCGCCAUGGGACGCGACACGACCGACCCCAGCUCACUUGACAUCAGUACAAGCAGAACAAAUUUUAGCAACGGCCUGCGAGAAUGAAAGCCACAACGCGAAAAGAAUGCGAUUAGGGCUGGAACCGGUCAGUCAGCCUAUGCCAAUAUUACCGGGAGGCCAACCUACGGAUACCACAGCCCCGAUCAACAGAGGAAUAGACUUUUCUAAUAACACUCCGGUAAAAAUUGAGGUGGACUCGGUGUCGACGGCGUUCCCGUCGUCGACGACGCCUUCCUCCACGCCUAAUUCGGUCAGCAAGCUGUCUUUAACGCCCGAUUUGAAAACGUCAGCCAUGAGCGUUUCGAAUGCGGCGGCUCUGGGCGCGACGGCCAUGAACGGGAUUGGAAUCUCAAGUACGGCGGGUUCAGCUCCGACGGCGAUGUACAGGCCGAACUUCUCACAAGCGUUUCAAAGGGCUGGUCCUUAUCCUCUGUUUCCAGGGGCCAACCCUUUCGGGACAGGGACGGGUUUGCUGACAAAUGGUCCAGCAGACUUGAGUAUGAAGCAGAAGCCGCUUUUGAACCAUAAGCUGAGCACCGGCGAGAUGGCGGCGGUGAGGCAGCUCAUCACGGGAUACCGCGAGUCGGCCGCGUUUUUGCUGAGGUCAGCUGACGAGUUGGAGCAGCUCCUGAUUCAGCAGCAGUAGACUCUUAGUCAAAUGCCAUAUUUGUGUACAUUGCAAAGAUGAUAGAGUAUUUUAUCCACUAGGCACGAGUGAUUUUAGCACUAGUACUAUGAUACUGUUGAUUCACUAUGCAUUCAUUAACUUGGACUGUUGUAAACUUUGUAAAUAUGAUUUUUACUUAUGGAUUUUUGCUACUUACGAAAAGGAGGGAAGAUGCUGAAUUUAUGUACAAACGAGUUUCCUAAAUAAGUGAAAAAAAUAUUUAUUUAUUAGAAGUUAGAAGAACUAUUCUAUUACUACAGGGGAAAUUUUAUUAUAUUUGAUAUAAAUGUUGAGAAUUUAUUGUAUGAAUUGACUGUACCAAAGACAAUUGUAUAUAAUCUUUAAAAAGUCGCCGAUGUUUUUGUAAUUAUUAAAGAUAAAAUUCAUUUAUGAACGUAUUGUCUUUCGAGUGAUGAUUCCAAAUUACGGGGUUCCCUACACAUAACCCCUGACGGACUUUUAGUACAUUUUUAAGGGGUCCUCUGCAAAUUUUUAUAAUAGCGAUAUUUUCUAUUAUUUGACAAUUGACAUAGAAUUUUAAAGAAGUAUUUCUGUGAUUGUUAGUAAGUGUGUAGAUAUACUGAAAAAUCAGGAAACAUCUUACAAAAAUUUUUGUAAUCUAUGUAUCUGUUCAUGUAUAUUUCAGACAUUCCAAUGUAUUUCUGAAUGUAUAUAAUUAAAUUGUAUUUUGAUCUGAAAUCACUGCCAGAUUUUGUGUAUCAAUAAAUAAUGUCCGUAUUAUUUUA